CUCUGCGCAGACUCAGAGUCAUGACGCUGAUGUUAUGCUAACCGGGUUACUGUGCCGCUGUGUGUCGUCCCAAAGCGUUAACAAAUCCACUUCGCAGUGAUGUAGCUCCCUUCAGAGGGACUUAACCCCGCUGUGAGCAGCUGCUUCGGCUCAUGUUUCACUCCUGCCGGCCUGAGGACCGUCUGUGACCCGCCGCGGCUCCGUCUGUCCGCCAGCUAAGCUAGCCGGCUACGCUAGCAGCUAGCUUAGUAAACAAGCCGGUGUGAGUGUGCGAUGAGCGGCCGUUUGUUUGUGUCGUCCCUGCCCGGUUUCUAACGCUGCUAGCGGCGUGUCUGCGUAGUCCUGAGCCUAAAACAGCGAGUCCUCCCCCUUAUGCUGGUGCUGCUGUCCGGCUAAGAUGUGGCAGAUCGUCGGGCUCACACUGCUGGUCAUCGUGGCCACUCUGGUGUGUGCGCUGCUCUUCAUGCUGUUCGGUUGGUAUGUUGUCUGGCAGCUCUUCCUGUCCAAGUUUAAGUUCCUCCGUGAACUGGUCGGCGACGCCAGCACCCCGCAGGCUGAAACUCAACCGUCCGAAACCAAGAGCGAACGUUCGGCCGGCGCCCCGACACGAACCCGGCCCCGGUCCGCACGCCAAAGAGUCGCUUCUCCAGAAAUCCCUUCGUAGAUCCUCCACGUCAUCGUCUGAGAUGUUCCUCACCGACCCGACACUACACAAGGACCUCACCUCACCGGGACACUUUACUCUGACCAGGCAGACCUCCUGGAGUCAAAGGGAAAAGCCAUUCGUGUUCGUUACUGUCCAUCUCUGUGGUCCUCUGUUCAUACGUUUGAUUGAGGGCAGUGAGUCUGAAGAUCCUCCCGGUCCUCAGAGGGUCCUCCCGGUCCUCAGAGGGUCCUCCCGGUCCUCAGAGGGUCCUCCCGGUCCUCAGAGGGUCCUCAGAGGGUCCUCAGAGGGUCCUCAGAGGGUCCUCCCGGUCCUCAGAGGGUCCUCCCGGUCCUCAGAGGGUCCUCAGAGGGUCCUCAGAGGGUCCUCAGAGGGUCCUCACAGGGUCCUCACAGGGUCCUCAGAGGGUCCUCCCGGUCCUCAGAGGGUCCUCAGAGGGUCCUCCCGGUCCUCAGAGGGUCCUCAGAGGGUCCUCCCGGGCCUCAGAGGGUCCUCCCGGUCCUCAGAGGGUCCUCAGAGGGUCUUCCCGGGCCUCAGAGCGUCCUCAGAGGGUCCUCAGAGGGUCUUCCCGGUCCUCAGAGGGUCCUCCCGGUCCUCCCGGGCCUCAGAGGGUCCUCAGAGGAUCCUCCCGGGCCUCAGAGGGUCCUCCCGGUCCUCAGAGCGUCCUGCUAUAGAGAUGGCCGACUGUCUGAGUGGCCGAGCUGCUUCCUGCCGCUGAGAGCUUCAUUCUCUCCUCUACAUGUUUUAAUCUUGUAUUUUUAGCAGACAACAGUUCAAGAUGAGCUCCAUGGUUUUAACGACAGAAGAGAAACUGAAGCAACGAUUUGUACGACUGACAGCUAAACAGAACAAAGUGCAAUGGAGGAACGUCGUGCUGUCCUGUCGGUGUUUCCUCAGAGUAGAUUACGCCCAAAGCCUCAAAGGAUGACGAUGGAUGACCAUGCUGCAUUCCACUUCAGUAAAAUGUGACCUGUUUUUUCUUGCAACUUCUUCUUCACCCUCUUUUUCUAGAUUUAUACUUGAAGAGUCAGGAGAAAGUUUCAAGGAAAUGAAGCGGCGUUUAGACGCUAGCUGACCUCUGCCCGAGUGACUGGUCUGAAUCCUGUCCCCUCCCGGUGCCUCCGUCUGUACCAGUGCCUGUCCACAUGGCAUCGCUGUUUGUUACUCGGCCUCCUUUUUUACCGGCGGUGGUUCGACUCCACGCUGACCCGGCCUCAGUCACUGUUUGUGUAACACAGUUCCCCUCAAGGUACAGCUCAUGUAACGCUCGCACCUUUUUAUCAUUCAGUGGAGCCGUAGCUUCAAAUAAAUAAUGCUGUAAAUAAGCAGAA